CCCAAAAGUCAUGCUUUCGUUUUUGGGGUACAUUAUUAUUUUAAAUACCAUUUUUACGUCCCCUAGUAGAAAGAAGUAUACUUAAAAUACAACAUUGGAACCCCUGGUGGCAAAUGGCGGAACUACGCAAAACUGUCAGAUUGGGAUCAGCUGCUGUCAUGAGAAAACAACAAUCGUUGUCCAGCCAAAAAGGUAUAAAAGGAGACGCAUUUCACACAAUCGAGAUCAGUCUUCUGUUGAUGGCUGGUAAGUCAAGUGUGAUUGGGAGGAAGAAAAGGCGCGCAACCUCGGUUGAAUUGAGUCUUAGUAAGCCAAACAAUAAGCCUUGACUAUUUGUGGUGACUGGACUGGACUGAACGCAGGGUCAAGUGAGGGUUGUAGCAAUACUCCCUAUUCUUCGGGCUGCGUUGACGGCGACUGAACGCAGGGUCAAGUGAGGGUUGUAGCAAUACUCCCUAUUCUUCGGGCUGCGUUGACGGCGACUGAACGCAGGGUCAAGUGAGGGUUGUAGCAAUACUCCCUAUUCUUCGGGCUGCGUUGACGGCGACUGAACGCAGGGUCAAGUGAGGGUUGUAGCAAUACUCCCUAUUCUUCGGGCUGCGUUGACGGCGACUGAACGCAGGGUCAAGUGAGGGUUGUAGCAAUACUCCCUAUUCUUCGGGCUGCGUUGACGGCGACUGAACGCAGGGUCAAGUGAGGGUUGUAGCAAUACUCCCUAUUCUUCGGGCUGCGUUGACGGCGACUGAACGCAGGGUCGAGUGAGGGCUGUAGCAAUACUCCCUAUUCUUCGGGCUGCGUUGACGGCGACUGACGUACUCAUCGGGCUGCUGCUGUGCCAAAGCUGCCGCCACCCGAUUCGUCGUGCGCGUAUUCAUCAGGCCGCCGCUGUGCCAAGCUGCCGCCACUACUACUCGCCGCUGACGUAUUCAUCGGGCCGCCGCUGUGCCAAAGCCGCCGCCACCCUAUUCGUCGCUCGCCUAUUCAUCGGGCCGCCGCUGUGCCAAGCCGCCGCCACCCUAUUCGUCGCUCGCCUAUUCAUCGGGCCGCCGCUGUGCCAAAGCCGCCGCCACCCUAUUCGUCGCUCGCCUAUUCAUCGGGCCGCCGCUGUGCCAAGCUGCCGCCACUACUAUUCGUCGCUCGCCUAUUCAUCGGGCCGCCGCUGUGCCAAAGCCGCCGCCACCCUAUUCGUCGCUCGCCUAUUCAUCGGGCCGCCGCUGUGCCAAGCUGCCGCCACUCUAUUCGUCGCUCGCCUAUUCAUCGGGCCGCCGCUGUGCCAAGCUGCCACCACUGCUACCCGUUUAUUAACAUUUCGACUGAACUUUGUGAUUUAGUGUUCUUCGUAAAACGUUCUGAACGUGAUUUUAUUGUGUUUAGUGUAGUGUUUAGUGUUAUUUAAGGAAAUAAAUUUAUAACGUUUUAAGAAAAUAUUUUUGCUUCGCUCUCUCUCUCUCUUUAUGUCCUAACAAAUAAAUUUUUGUGACGACUCUGGCCCCCGCUGAACCUACCCCAGCUUCAAAGUGAAAACACGUCGUCACAAUGGCGCCCGAGCAGGGACUAUAAAAGAGAGAAAGAAUAAAUAAAUGAGUGAACAAUAAUUAGACAAGUACAGAUGAAAACCCAGUGAAAAAAAAAAAACAGUUAAAAAAAAAAAAACUGAAACAAGUAAAAAUAAUAAAAAAAAAAAAAAAAAAAAAAAAAAAAUGUCAAACGAAAAGACAAUGUUGAAGGUCUCCUGGGCCUAUAUGCUAAAGCAAGAAGACUUGGUAACAUAUCUUACUGAAUUCAAUCUUGAUCCAGUUGGAAAAGUGGACGAUCUCCGAAAAAGAUGGGCUAAAUUUCUCCACAACGACCAUGAAGCCGAUGUAUACAGACGGCUUAUAGAGUUGCAGAACAAACAUGAAAGUACCAGUCCGACCAAAUCGCCGACAUUGCGAGCCGUCACAAAACAACCCCUUAUAACCGUAACACCGUGUGGAGCAGAAGCAAUAGUAUUAUCCCCAAUAAAAACAGAGUACGCCCUUCCCCACAUUUCCGCGGAAAGGCCACCUGGAGAGUCAAGCACAGGGGUAACAAACGAUCAAAAAGUACAGAAGAUGUCGCCAACAAACCCCGAAUAUGGAUUUCAAAAAGAUUCUCCGCCCAAGCCAUCCAAUAAUUCGUCGUUACUCGUAAUUCUCGACCAAAUCCGAAAAUGGAAUGUUACUUUUGAAAAUGGAAUGGACCCUAUUGGAUUCGUAGAACGUGUAGAAGAAAUGGCUGAAAUGUACAUCGUGGAAUUGAAUCAAAUAAUUAAAGUAAUGCCAGAGUUGUUACGAGGUAAAGCUUUAAUCUGGCUAAGGAACAACAACCGACACUGGACUACCUGGAACGAAUUUAAGAGUGAUUUUCUGAAAUUCUUUUUGCCACCGAGAUACUUUGAGAAAUUGGAGGAUGAAAUUAGGAGAAGGAUACAGCGUAAUAAGGAGCCGUUUAAGGAAUAUGUACUCUCUAUACAGCAUCUUAUGCAGCACACCAAUAUGACCGAAGAACAAAAAUUGGAACGAAUUUUUAGAAACGCGCAUUCGGAUUAUCAAUGGUACAUUCGCCGUAAAGACUUUACCACACUUUCGGAAUUGAUCUCUUUGGCAGACGAACUCGAAAGCAUACCAAAUAAUUCUCGGUCAGAACAGCCUCGAAAUCAACAAAACUAUAAUCGACGUGCGGACAACUCUAGAAAUAACCUGUAUUGCACCAAUCAAGGUGACCAAGUGCUAAACGAAAGCUCAUCCAAUCCAGAAACGCAGCAGGAUGAACCCCCGGCAAAGAAGAGUAACCAGAAUAUUACCUCAUUGCAAUGUGAAGAAUAUCGCCUUACUGCAACUGUCUUAAUAGAGGGGAAAGCUAUUAAAGCAACUGUCGACACGGGUGCCACUAGCUGUUUUAUAAAAAGAGAAUUUGCGAAAAAAUCAAGAAAAGGUUUACUUAUUCACGGCAUGAGGCAAAUGUUAUCCUCGCAGACGGCACCACGGUGAACAUCACAAGAUCAACAGUGUUACCUGUUACAUUUGGAAACCAAAGCUCAGAUGUUACAUUUCUCAUCAUGCCGCAAUUCAAGGAAAACAUCAUAUUGGGAUUGGAAUUUCUAAAACAGUUCCACACGACCAUUCACUGCGCCGGUAUAAGUGUCAAAUUAAGUAAGCCAACCACAUCAACGGAGCAUUGUACCGUGGCUAUAGGAGAGGAAACCCCAUCAAAAGAGACAUUAAAUUGACAAUACCCAAACUAAUCAGUGUCCUAAUAUAAGCCCAUACUUCAAAGACCAUCGAUAUCUUCCCGAUCGUCAUCCUCAUCCUCAUCAGCCUCGUCGUCUUUAUCGUCAUCCUCAUCCUCAUCAGCCUCGUCGUCUUCAUCAUCAUCCACAAGCCAAACGAUGACACCUCAUCAGCCAACAUUGUGUAGCAGUCAACCUUCCAUCGAUGAAGUGUUUAUACCCAGUAAGGAGAAUAAUAGUACACCAAGUACAAUCAAAUUGCCAGUCACUGAAAUCCCAACUGAGUCAACGCCAUCGUCCUCGACAGACAAUCCCGUGAACGAUAACACAUUUCUCGAACUGCCAAAUUAUCCCGAAAACCUACAAAUCCGUAUCGAGAAGUUUAAAAACAAUUGGAAAAAGGGACACAAACUGAAGCGAAUUGUUAAACAAGAUGGCAAGCAGUACCGCAUAAUAAUAUCAGCAGACGGGGUAGUGAAGGUAUCUCUCCGAACUUCUGCAAUUGGUCUCUAACAUACCUUCCUAUUCGACCGAGAUAUAGUCGAACCAAAGUGCCCAUGUCGGAGAAAUAAAAGGUUACAUAACACCCUAGGGCUUCCUGGCUAUUGAAACCCAAUAGCAAUAGAGAAAGCAAAUCAAGGAAUCAAAAAUCAGAGGGAGGAAGAGAUGCCAUGUAACGCCCAAAAGUCAUGCUUUCGUUUUUGGGGUACAUUAUUAUUUUAAAUACCAUUUUUACGUCCCCUAGUAGAAAGAAGUAUACUUAAAAUACAACAUUGGAACCCCUGGUGGCAAAUGGCGGAACUACGCAAAACUGUCAGAUUGGGAUCAGCUGCUGUCAUGAGAAAACAACAAUCGUUGUCCAGCCAAAAAGGUAUAAAAGGAGACGCAUUUCACACAAUCGAGAUCAGUCUUCUGUUGAUGGCUGGUAAGUCAAGUGUGAUUGGGAGGAAGAAAAGGCGCGCAACCUCGGUUGAAUUGAGUCUUAGUAAGCCAAACAAUAAGCCUUGACUAUUUGUGGUGACUGGACUGGACUGAACGCAGGGUCAAGUGAGGGUUGUAGCAAUACUCCCUAUUCUUCGGGCUGCGUUGACGGCGACUGAACGCAGGGUCAAGUGAGGGUUGUAGCAAUACUCCCUAUUCUUCGGGCUGCGUUGACGGCGACUGAACGCAGGGUCAAGUGAGGGUUGUAGCAAUACUCCCUAUUCUUCGGGCUGCGUUGACGGCGACUGAACGCAGGGUCAAGUGAGGGUUGUAGCAAUACUCCCUAUUCUUCGGGCUGCGUUGACGGCGACUGAACGCAGGGUCAAGUGAGGGUUGUAGCAAUACUCCCUAUUCUUCGGGCUGCGUUGACGGCGACUGAACGCAGGGUCAAGUGAGGGUUGUAGCAAUACUCCCUAUUCUUCGGGCUGCGUUGACGGCGACUGAACGCAGGGUCGAGUGAGGGCUGUAGCAAUACUCCCUAUUCUUCGGGCUGCGUUGACGGCGACUGACGUACUCAUCGGGCUGCUGCUGUGCCAAAGCUGCCGCCACCCGAUUCGUCGUGCGCGUAUUCAUCAGGCCGCCGCUGUGCCAAGCUGCCGCCACUACUACUCGCCGCUGACGUAUUCAUCGGGCCGCCGCUGUGCCAAAGCCGCCGCCACCCUAUUCGCCGCUCGCCUAUUCAUCGGGCCGCCGCUGUGCCAAAGCCGCCGCCACCCUAUUCGUCGCUCGCCUAUUCAUCGGGCCGCCGCUGUGCCAAGCCGCCGCCACCCUAUUCGUCGCUCGCCUAUUCAUCGGGCCGCCGCUGUGCCAAAGCCGCCGCCACCCUAUUCGUCGCUCGCCUAUUCAUCGGGCCGCCGCUGUGCCAAGCUGCCGCCACUACUAUUCGUCGCUCGCCUAUUCAUCGGGCCGCCGCUGUGCCAAAGCCGCCGCCACCCUAUUCGUCGCUCGCCUAUUCAUCGGGCCGCCGCUGUGCCAAGCUGCCGCCACUCUAUUCGUCGCUCGCCUAUUCAUCGGGCCGCCGCUGUGCCAAGCUGCCACCACUGCUACCCGUUUAUUAACAUUUCGACUGAACUUUGUGAUUUAGUGUUCUUCGUAAAACGUUCUGAACGUGAUUUUAUUGUGUUUAGUGUAGUGUUUAGUGUUAUUUAAGGAAAUAAAUUUAUAACGUUUUAAGAAAA